GGCGGCACAGCCGGAGAGGCAGGACUGUCGUGCAGGUGGCUGCUGGGAGCACACGGUGUCCCCUCCCUGUGCGGCCUCUAGCAGCCAUGACCUGGGCCCGGGGUCUUGUCUCUGCCCCUCCGGGGGUGGGAGGUUGGCCCGGGACUGGAGAUGUCGGGGAUCGCCCUCAGCAGACUCGCGCAGGAGAGGAAGGCCUGGAGGAAAGACCACCCCUUUGGGUUCGUGGCUGUCCCCACAAAAAACCCCGACGGCACAAUGAACCUCAUGAACUGGGAGUGCGCCAUUCCCGGGAAGAAGGGGACGCCGUGGGAGGGAGGCUUGUUUAAACUGCGGAUGCUGUUCAAAGACGACUACCCGUCCUCACCGCCGAAAUGCAAGUUCGAGCCGCCGUUAUUCCACCCGAACGUGUACCCUUCGGGCACAGUGUGCCUGUCCAUCCUGGAGGAGGACAAGGACUGGAGGCCGGCCAUCACGAUUAAGCAGAUCUUGUUAGGAAUACAGGAACUUCUAAAUGAACCAAAUAUCCAAGAUCCAGCUCAAGCAGAGGCCUACACAAUCUACUGCCAAAACAGAGUGGAAUACGAGAAAAGGGUUCGAGCACAAGCCAAGAAGUUUGCUCCCUCAUAAGCAGCGACCUUGUGGCAUCAUGAAAAGGAAGGGAUUGGUUUGGCAAGAACUUGUUUACAGCAUUUGGCGAAUCUCACGUUGCUCUCUGCAAUCCUGGUCACCCGGGGAGGGUUGGGCGGGCGCCAUUGCCAUUUCCGCCACGGGCACAGUCUCGACUCGCAGAAUCGCCCCGUUUUUCAUACAGGGUCUCUUCCUUCAGUCUUUUGUAUUUUUGAUUGUUAUGUAAAACUUGCUUUUAUUUUAAUAUUGAUGUCAGUAUUUCAACUGCUGUAAAAUUAUAAACUUUUAUACUUGGAUGAGUCCCGAGGAGCUAGUCCCCUUUGCUCACGGAUGCAGGCAUGCUUCACACCGUCUAGAGCUGCACUUAGCCUCCAGCUGGCUGCACGACAGAAAAUCAGACUUGCCCCCCCCCACCGCCGCCGCCCUCCCAGAGCCUGGCUUGUGUUGCUUACGAGCCUCGGAUCCAGUCAGCCAGCGUCGCGUCUCCGCAUCACUUCCUUUGUGUUUAUAUGGCGUUUGUCUGUGUUGCUGUUUAGAGUAAAUAAACUGUUUAUAUAAAGGUU